CUGUACUAGUACUACUCUUAUGUAUUUAUCUGCGCUCUCUCACCUCCUAUCAGCGCAUUGAAUGCAAUUUGUUGCAAUCCCUCGUCGUCUUCCCCAUACGGCCGUCCAAUUCAAUAAUUUGAUCUCCGGUCGCCAGGAAAUCACCACCGUCGUGUAUGGAUCAAAGAAGGUGGCUAAAGGUGGGGAUUUUGGUAGCUUUGUUUGCUUUAUGUUGGGGCAGAGACCUCAAGGUCAAGCACAAGGAUGGUUUGGCCGUUUACAAUCAUACACUUUCAACAACACUAGUGGAGUAUGCUUCCGCAGUGUACAUGUCUGAUUUGACAGAAUUAUUUUCUUGGACAUGCCAAAGAUGUGAUGAUCUGACCAAGGGAUUUGAAGUGAUAGAGCUGGUCGUUGAUGUCCAGCACUGCCUGCAGGGGUUUGUUGGGGUGGCAAAGGAUCUUAAUGCUAUUGUGAUUGCUUUCCGAGGCACUCAGGAACGCAGCAUCCAGAAUUGGGUUGAAGAUCUGUACUGGAAGCAGCUCGACUUAAACUACCCUGGCAUGCCUGAUGCAAUGGUGCACCAUGGAUUUUAUUUUGCGUACCACAACACAACUAUUCGUCCUUGUGUUGUAAAUGCUGUUAAAAGAGCGAAGCAAUUGUAUGGGGACAUUGAUAUUAUGGUUACUGGGCACUCAAUGGGAGGGGCUAUGGCCGCCUUUUGCGGGCUGGAUCUCACGGUCAAUCAUGAAGCGGGGAAUGUUAAGGUUGUGACAUUUGGACAACCUCGCAUUGGCAAUGCUGCUUUUGUGUCAUACUAUAGCAAACUUGUGCCAGAUACAAUUCGAGUCACAAAUGAACAUGAUAUUGUCGCUCAUUUGCCGCCGUUUUAUUCUCAUUUUGCACAAAAGACAUACCAUCACUUCCCGAGAGAGGUGUGGAUUUAUCAUGUUGGAUUUGGUAGUUUAAUUUAUACAGUUGAGAAGGUUUGUGAUGGUUCUGGCGAAGACCCAGACUGUAGCAGGUCUGUGGUUGGGAACAGCAUUUCAGACCAUUUAGAAUAUUACGGCGUUAAAUUAGGAGCCCUGGGAUCAGACGUGUGCAGAAUUGUCAUGGAUUCUCGAUUGGCCGCGUACAGCACUCAAGAUCAAGCGGGUAAUUUAAUCUUGUCCCGCAAUCCUUCCUCGUCUGUUGUGAAUAUGAAGUCUGAACCAAGCGCACCGAUCAACUCUCUUUAGAACUCAAUAAACUUAGCAUUCUUUGUUUCGAGCCCCUUUAGGAGGUGUAGUUGAUGAUUUUCAAUGCAUGGCCUGAGAUGGGGAUUCUGUAUAUAACUAAUGUACAAUUUGUGUCGUGUACAUUUCAUCCUUGUGAAUAUACGUAUGCUGACAAUAUUGUGUA